AGCUCGUUCCAGACCCUUCCUCCCACCGCAUGCUCAUGCUGAACCUUACCUCGACCUGGCGGACAGUCGAAAUCUAUCAUGAAGAUGGAUGGAACAGGCUGGCAACCAAACCAGCAAGGUUUAGAGCAAAUUCUUCAGUUGCUAAAAGAAAGUCAAAGUCCAAAUACUGACACUCAGCGAGCUGUUCAACAAAAAUUGGAAUCUUUAAAUCAAUAUCCUGAUUUCAAUAGUUAUUUGAUAUUUGUUUUGACAAAGCUGAAAGGCGAAGGGAUUGAUGAACCAACCCGGUCUUUGGCAGGUCUUAUUCUGAAGAAUAAUGUUAGAAGUAACUACCAUAGGUUUCCAGCCGAAGUUAGAGAAUUUGUUAAAGCUGAAUGUUUGAAUGCGAUAGGAGACCCAUCCCCACUUAUAAGAGCAACAAUAGGAAUUCUUGUCACUACCAUUGCACAGAAGGAACUGGGCACAUGGCCUGAGCUGUUGCCUCGGCUCUUACAGCUGCUUGACAGUGAAGAUUUCAAUGUUUGUGAGGGCUCUUUUGGAGCGUUACAGAAGAUAUGUGAAGAUUUAGCUCCACAGCUUGAUGCAGAUGGUACCAACCAGCCAGCUAGCAUCAUGAUUCCAAAGUUUCUUGAGUUCUUUAGACAUAACAAUGCUAAAGUCAGGUCCCAUGCAAUUGCUUGUGUGAACCAGUUUGUACUCUGUAGAAGCCAAGUCUUGAUGCAUCAGUUGCCACAGUUUAUGGAAGGCCUUUUCAGCCUUUCAAACGACAGUGAUCCAGAAGUGCAGAAAAAUGUCUGCAGAGCCAUUGUCAUGUUGUUAGAAGUAAGAAUGGACCAGCUCAUUCCACAAAUGAACAAUCUUGUUGAGUACAUGUUGCUGCGCACGCAAGAUGCAGAAGAAAGUGUAGCUCUUGAAGCUUGUGAAUUUUGGCUUGCCCUAGCAGAACAACCAAUAUGCAAGCAGGUUCUGGGCCCAUACCUUCAAAGGCUGAUACCGACUCUCGUGAAUGGAAUGAAAUACUCAGUGAUGGACAUAGCCCUUUUAAAGGGUGAUCUGGAAGAGGACGAAAGUGUUCCAGAUAGCGAGCAGGACAUAAAACCGAGGUUUCAUAAAUCAAAGACUCACAACCCGGAUGGGCAACAGGAAGACAGUGAGGAUGAAGAUGAUUUAGAUGAUGAUACCCUGUCAGACUGGAAUCUAAGAAAGUGUUCAGCAGCAGCGUUAGAUGUCUUAGGGACAGUAUUCCGUGAUGAUUUGCUGCCUGUGUUACUGCCGAUUUUGAAGGACAUCUUAUUCCAUCCUGAAUGGGUUACCAAGGAGUCAGGAAUUCUUGUUCUCGGCGCAAUAGCAGAAGGAUGUAUAAACGGGAUCUCACCUCAUCUUCCAGAAUUGGUAGAUUUUUUAAUAGCGUCACUUUCACAUAAAAAGGCACUUGUUCGCUCAAUUACUUGUUGGACUUUGAGUAGAUACGCUAAUUGGGUGGUACAGCAACCACCAGAGACAUAUCUGCAGAGGUUAAUGACAGAGCUUCUGAAGAGAGUGCUAGACAAAAAUAAACGUGUACAAGAGGCAGCUUGCAGUGCAUUUGCGACAUUGGAAGAAGAGGCGUGUACGGAACUCGUUCCCUACCUUGGGUUUAUCUUAGAAACCCUUGUGUUUGCAUUCAGUAAAUACCAGCACAAGAAUUUGUUGAUCUUGUACGAUGCCAUUGGCACACUGGCAGACUCCGUUGGCUCCCACCUUAACAAGCCGGAAUACAUAAACCUGUUGAUGCCACCUUUAAUACGCAAAUGGAACGAAUUGAAAGACGAAGACAAAGACCUGUUCCCUUUGCUUGAAUGCCUGUCCUCAGUAGCCACGGCCCUUCGAUCCGGAUUUUUGCCCUACGCUGAACCCGUCUAUCAACGGUGCGUCUCCCUUGUGGAACAAACACUUACCCAAAGCUAUGCAGCACAGAUGCAUCCGGACCAAGUUGAUAUGCCUGACAAAGAUUUCAUGGUUGUUGCCCUCGACUUACUUAGUGGUCUGGCGGAAGGACUGGAAAGUCGCAUUGACCAGUUUGUUGCCAAAUCAAAAAUCGUAACAUUGCUGUAUCAAUGCAUGCAGGAUCCCGGAUUGGAAGUUCGACAAAGCUCCUUUGCUCUGCUUGGCGAUUUGGCCAAAGCGUGUUUCCAGCACGUCAAGCCCGCUAUCCGUGAAAUGAUGCCAAUUCUAGGGCAGAGUCUGAACCCAGAAUUUAUUUCCGUGUGCAACAAUGCGGCCUGGGCCAUUGGAGAAAUCUCUAUUCAAUUAGGGUCAGAAAUGAAAGAGUACGUUGAGAUUGUUCUCCCUCGUCUUAUCGAAAUAAUCAACCGACCAAAGACCCCGAAGACUCUAUUAGAAAAUACAGCAAUCACGAUUGGGAGACUGGGUCUAGUAUGCCCUAGUGACGUCGCACCCCGUUUACAACAGUUCAUUCGACCUUGGUGCACAUCGUUGAGAAACAUACGGGACAAUGAGGAGAAAGAUUCUGCUUUUCGCGGUGUAUGCAGUAUGAUUGGUGCGAACCCAGGAGGUGUUAUUCAGGACUUUAUUUUUUUCUGUGACGCUGUUGCAUCCUGGGUGAAUCCAGCACCAGACCUUAAAGAAAUGUUCAUGAAGAUUCUUCAUGGCUUCAAAAACCAAGUUGGUGAUGAAAACUGGAAACGGUUUUCAGACGAGUUUCCUUUGCCGCUGCGCGAGAGGUUAUCGCAGCAGUAUGGUGUCUAACCCUUAGCACCACUGACGUAAAGAUAAAUGCUUUGUAAAGCAUCGUGUAUCUUGUAGCUUCACUCCAAGGGAAGGGAGGGGGGAAGGGAUUCUGCUGGGAGGUGGGAGGGGCAGUCGGUAUCACUAAACAUUUCGUAAACAAACUGCGUAAUUAAACUUGGGUAUAGUAACUAAGCAUAGCUUCUUUAGGCUUAAUUGGGAGAGAGAAUUUCUCUUAAUUGUAAUGUACUGAGACUUUUCUCGAGAGGGGCCUGGCUUGUUUGUUUAACGUUGGCUGAAUAGCCAUUUAAAAGGACACACCCCUACAAGUACUCACCCUUAUUGGCAAGUUCUGUGCUGCUUUAUAACAUAGGUGAUAUGUGAAUGUUCUUCAUUCAUAUAUGAUGAAGUGAAAGUAUAACUAAACGUCUGUUUGGGAAUGAAUUGUUCCUUUGCUCAGGCCGCGUUUUGAGCUGCCAUUCACUCAGACAAUUUUUCCCUCCCCCCCCCCCUCUUGAUAAUUUGAGACUGAAAACAAGCACUGCCACACCCCUGUUAAUCUCGUUGAAAACUCAAAAGUACGUUUGAGAUAAAUUUAGGUUUCGCAUUAGUUUUGAUUUGUAUUGAUACCCAAAAACUGUAAACGCAUACGGGAAUUACUGUGUUUGUGACUGUCCCGUGCUAACCGUAGACUGUCAAAUUAUUCAGUUGGUAGCCAAUGUGUACUGUGAUCUCCGUUCCCUCGUCGAUGCAUGUAACGUGUCGUUAAACGUAUCAACUGGCAUGGAAGUUCUGUGUCAACGUUGCUGAGCUUGUUUACCAAAUUGAUAAAUUCAUUUUGUGCCAUUUAUGUUGAUGGCUUAUAUAUUCAAGUGCAUGAUGGGUUUUUUACUCAAAACUCUCUCAGUGAAUGAACUAAUUGUCUUGCCACUUUAUCAUCAGACAUUGUUUUCAAAACUUUCACUGGUCAUUGUCAAAGUACAAUUGCUAGAUAUUUUGCUCUGAGUUGUAAUAAUUCAAUAAAACCUACUCCCUGCCAGUCAUAAAUGCCUAGAGCAUGCCUGGUUGGGCCUUGCCAAAACUGAACGCUGGAAUUGCAGAGCAGCUCCGUCUCUGCUGCCUGCAAUUCUUGUUGAGAUUUCCAUGCACAUCAAGUUCAAUAUUUGUCGCAAUGUUUUGUAAUCUUUUUGUAAGUGUUAAUUUCAAGUGAAUUCGUGCAGAAAUCGCUGUGUAGAGUUCAAUUUGCUGUAACUAGCGAAAGAGUCUUCCUCAAACAAGCUGACCCUGGGAUGUUUUUAACUUACUAAAGGACCGUUUCCCCUCCAUUGACAAAGUUGACAGUAAAUUAAACACUUGCCCCUCGCUAUGUAUGAAGAUCGUUUGAUGUCUUCAUUUCCAGAACUAGAGAGAUUAGUAUUGAUAAGGCCAACCAGAAUGGUAUGAUUGAUGUGCUCUUCUAUAUUGCAUGCUUAGAAGUCAGUUUUUAUUUCGAGGUCCUUUAUAGUCUACUCUCUUCUCACCCUUGUCACUAACAGCCUUGUCAAAUAUAUGUUUAAAGUACCUGUAAAAAUGCAGCUUUGUGUAAUGAUAAUGAGCAAACACCCUUUGAUAUUUCUUUUUGUAAUAGUCUAUAAAAACCCACGUCCUAGAAAAGCUAUUUGUGCAGUAAUAUGGCCUCCUCACAGCGUUUAAUAAUUUGUAUCUUUUGUAAUGUUGUGGUGUACAUUUGUCUCUCGUAAGCGGAUAGAUGAUAAUUGUCUGGAAAA